AUGAGUAGCCAAAGCAUGCUCUACAAGCUCAUCGUGCUGGGAUCAGCAGGCGUAGGAAAGACAGCUUUGACCAUCCAGUUUUGUCUCCACUACUUUGCCGACACGUGCGACCCCACCAUCGAAGACUGUUAUCGCAAGCAGACGGUCAUCGACGAUGAUCCGUGCAUGUUCGAAGUGCUCGAUACCGCAGGUCAGCCACAGUUCGCGGUGCUCAGAGACCAGUGGAUCCGCUACGGCGACGCCUUCCUGAUCGUCUUCUCGGUCACCGACCGGAGGUCGUUCGAUAUCGUAGAGUCAUUCCGCACUCAGAUCUUGCGCUUCAAAGAUCAAAAGGCACACCAGGUGCCCAUUAUUAUCGUCGGAAAUAUGUGCGACAUGGUCCACGAGCGAGAGGUUCUCAGAUAG